AUGUCGGAAAUGGAUUUGGAGAGUCUGGCAUGUGACGAAAUAUUGGAGGAGUUCGAUCGCACUAUGAUCACUAAACUGCCAUCACUGCGCGUUCUUCAUGGAGCCAAUCCGGAUAGAUGUAUGAAAGUAAAAGGAAAAAUGAUAUCUUACAAAAUGUAUGAUGAACGAUUCAUGUGCUACGUCAAGGAGGCGAAAGUUCUACAAUCUUCCAACUCCUAUCAACCCGCUGCCAGCUUUAGGUCUGAUGGUCUCAAAUUCUGCCUUAUUGAUCCGAUUGCCAUGCUCGAAGAGCUGGGUCAGUUUAGCAUGGACAGUCAAGGGAGGAGUUCUGAUGGAGAAAGGCGUUCAGCGUUAAAAGAAUUACUGUUAUUCAAGGAGAGUUUUGUUAAGGUGUUAUCAGUGUUGUGCGGUCGAUGGGCCGGUUUUGUGUUUGACCAUACCAAGCUAGUUUGUGCCAGCGCGUUGGUGGUGGUGUUGGUAUCAUUGGUGGGUUUUGUGCCUGGUGUUAUGAAAUGGAUUGACGGCGCGGAGAACUUGUAUUCGAUGCCGAACACGGUGGCUCGUUACGACGGUUUAGUGCAUAACAGCAUGUUCAAGGAGGCGUUAACAUUUCCGAACUUCCUGCUGGUCUCAUCAGACCCGCCGGGUGGCAAUAUUCUGACCUGGGAGACGAUGCAGAUUGUCCAGCAGAUCGAUAACCUGAUUCGCGGCAAGGUUGUGGAUCCCGCUGAAGGCCGCCGGUUAGCGCUACCACCACUCCCGGAGUAUUUACCACACAAGACUAACCGAGGAACCCGCGUGGCUGCCAACUCAACAGAUGUUCUCAACGUCUACGGUGGCCCGGCCCACUUUAGUGCGCGCUUCUCUGCUUCUAACCGUGGAUCUGGCAGUGGAUCUGGAGGCGGCAUUGGCUCCGGAAUUGGACCCCGUUCUGGGGACAACACCGACCGCUCGCAAAGCAUUGCUGGUCGUGACCAUAUAGGUCAUGACCGUAUAGGUCGACCGGAUCCGCAAGGUGGUGGCGGCGGUUAUUCGGGUGGAGACUUGUUGACGUAUGAAGACAUAUGUGCCCAGUCGCCGUGGGGUAGGUGUCAGGUGAUGAGUGUAUUCGAAAUGGGUUUGUGGGAGAUGCAGAAGAUUUUGCCGCCUGGAUCUCCGCCGGAGUUUUACGUCAUGCAAGGCAUGAUCUUCAACUUGGACAAAAAGGGAUUUGUACCCGACUAUGUGUUGGGUGACCCGACGAUCGUGCCUUGCGAGCGGGAGCUGCCCACCAGUGCUCUUCUUAACCUCUUUUCGGCUGAGCAAUUGCGUCCGGGAAGUGUCAACGGCAAGAGUCGGGUGAGUAUCGAAUGUGUGACGGGUGCGAGUGCCCUGCAGUUCAUCUAUGAGUUGGAUGACAAGCCGGAGUACAGGCAGCGUAACUACGCAUGGAUGGACAUGUACUACAGGCUGCUAUCGGAUAAUCGGCGAUUCGGAGGCCUACUUUUCGGCGCAAACGCCUUCCGUUCUCGAGAUGACGAAUUGCGCCGCAGUACGUCAGAGAGUCAGGACGUCAUCUUUGUGGUCUUCACCUUUAUCAUCGUCAUCAGCUAUACUGCGGCCAUGAACUUCAGCUGCGACUUGUAUAAAAACAAAGCACUUACUGCCCUCUCUGGCUCCAUUUCCGCCCUGCUCGGGAUUGUGUGCGGCUUCGGCUAUGGCUCACUCAUGGGCAUUGCGUUCGUGCCCACCGCACUCGUCACACCAUUCCUCAUCAUGGGCGUCGGUACCGACGAUAUCUUUGUGCUCGUCAACUCUUACUCGCUCGCAUACUGCGAACCGAACCCGCGGGAUCGUUGUGUCAUGUGCUUUCAAGACUGUGGUGUCUCCGUCAUCCUCACCAAAGCUACCUCUCUCAUCGCCUUCGCCGUCGGCUGCCAGUCGCCCUACGUCUCCAUUCGCAACUUCUGCCUCUUCUCGCUUCUGGGCCUUGCCUUCAGCGUCUUCUUCGAAGUCACGCUCUUCUUCAGCGUACUCUGCAUAGAAGCCAAACGGGAACGGCGCAAAGACCCUUGCCUCUUCGCCCACUCUCGUCCGGCGCCGCGCGUCGACCCGCGUCGCCACAGCCAGGAAAACAGGACUCUCGCUCUUGCCGCAAACCGCGGCCACGGCCUCAGCUCGGGACCCGCAGGUCCCCGGUUCGAAUCCGGACACGGCCCCGUAACCCGGCGGACGACGGAAGACUUUCUGGACGCCGAGGCCGACGCGGAGGAGGACGAGGAGGCUAACAUGAUCACGGCGGUGGUGCGUCAAUUGUUCCAAGCGCAUAAGGUAAGUACCUUCCAGUUGGCAGCGUACCAAGUGCAGAAGGACUGGCACGGACGACGCGGCUACACCCCCGUUACCGCGGAUUGUGUGAUGGGACGAUCCUGGAUGUCGCGCGUGCGGGAACGGGGCAACGUGCUACACUACCCGUCCACCCACGACCCGUUGAUGCGCGCCAUCAUUGAGUAUGACGCGGGAGUGCGAGGCAAAGCGCCUGAUCUGACGCAGUCUUCGCGACGUUUGCUGGACACCAUGGACUUGGGCAGUUUACCACCAACGCUGCAGCGUCAGUUGGAGCCGGUAGUCCGGGCAUCCAAGCACCCAAUGUUCUAUCAGGAGCCACCGGGGACGGUAGGCAAAGGUUGGCGCGGGUUCUUUCGGAACCAGUUUUGCGUUCACUUGUUACGUCCCAUGAUGAAGUUGUUAGUCCUGUUAUUAUUCAGUGUGCUACUCGUCCUUGCGGUCCGUGGCAUUAUGCUAAUGGAACUGGGCUUGAACCUACGAGACCUGUCGCCAGACACGGCCUACCUCCGGCUGUACGAUUCGCUCAAUGACCAGUUCUUCUCGCGUUAUGACAUCCCCGUGUACAUCUUCUUCCCCGAGCCCACACCUUGGUGGGACCCGCGGGUGCACAAAAGCCUGCGCAUCCUAGAUGCAAACCUCCGCGAACGAGCCUCGACGGUCUUCUUCAACGACCCGCUGGCACGCAUGCUGGAUGACCCUCAGCUCAAGCCAGCGCUGGCUAGCGGCGACCGUCUUCUGUUCCAAAACGCGCUCUAUGACGCGCUUGCUGCGGGCAAGUACAAGCAAUUCGAGAAGGACUUUAUCUGGGAAGGCAAACGGCUCCUGGGCUGGCGCAUCACCUUGCUACCAGCCGGCAUGACCACGAGUCAGGAACGAGCCACAUGGAUGCGCGAAAUCAGACAAGACUGUGCGGACAUCCGCAUCCUCGGCGAGCACGACCCCUCCAUCUGGCCACUCACCGCGACCGCGUGGAACUACAUGAUGAUCUUCUACGAGUCCGACCUGCAUCUCGUCUCCUCCGUCAUCAGCUCCAUGACCACGGCCAUGAUCUCAAUGCUCGUAGCCGCUUUCAUUCUGAUCCCCGAGUUUACUUCCGGUAUGCUCGUCAUCUUCGUCAUGAGUCUUAUUGACAUUGCCGUUAUGGGCUUCAUGUACUACUGGGACGUCAAACUGCAGAUGAUUACAAUGAUCUGUCUCGUUAUCUCCAUCGGCUUCUCAAUCGACUACUCCGCACACAUUUGUCACACGUUCACUCAUUGUCUUGGUCGCACACGCAACCUGCGCACGGUCGAGUGUGUCGUGCUCAUGGGUACGCCCGUCUUCCACGGCGCCGCCUCCACUAUUGCCGGCAUUUUCGUGCUCGGCUACUCGCAGUCCUUCAUUUUCCGCCUCUUCUUCAAAAUGCUUACCAUGACACUGCUCUUCGGCAUCACGCAUGGACUUGUCUUGCUGCCCGUGCUUCUCUCCCUCGUCGGCAAAAUGUCUGGGCCGCCUGCCCCACCCAAGCUCAAGGCGCUGCUUGACUUUGAAGACGUGCACACACUCCUCCAACCUCGUGAUGGCGCCGACCCGCGAUCUGGCGCCGCCGAACCUCGAACCGGCGACCCUCGGGUCCGAAGUUGUGACCCUCGAACCGGAAACGGCGAUCUACCCUAUCAACUCUGGCCCGCAACUACGGCACCGAAAGAACCAGGUCCCACCGAUGAACGCUCCCCCUCGCAACGCACAGACAAACGCAGUGUCGCCACUGUCGAAAUUCCACGACACGAACUACAUUUCCAACCAACCCACUGGCCCGUCUGGGACGCCCCCGCUCCCCUCGAACAUACUCUCGCCCGUGCCCUCUCUCAAGGCACAUCCUACGACCGCCGCCCCUACGCAGACGACCGUCGCGACGACCGGCGGGAGGACCGCCGCCCCUAUGUUGAAAAUCGACGAGAAGACCGCCGCCGGGACCCGGACUCCCGGACACUGACCGAAGCCAGUCGAAAGAAACUCGACCUCCAAAGCGACCGCCCCCUGCACUUCCAAAUGGCCAUACAACACGGUCGCGAAGGUGCCAGCAGCGAUUCCUACAGCGACAUGCUCAUCUCCAAGGCCAAGACCUACCAAGGCCCGCUGCAGGACCCCCUCCAGGGUCCGCUCCCCCUUCAAGACUCGGCCCCCCUACAAGACCCGCUUCAGGCCCCGCUCCAGCGAGCCAGCCACCCAAACACGGCUCGGGGGGCGUACGUCCGCGGCAGUGCUGAAGAUCCCGGGCCCCAGUCGACGUAUCCGUGCCGGACUCCCACGGGCCAGGGCAAUCCCUCAACAGGACGAUCGCGAGGCGUGGGGACUCGAAGGACGCGGGCCGACGAUUGGAAGGCAGACGCCGCACCCGUUGGUUCUUGGUUCGAAUCCGGAAGAGGUCUAUGGGGUGAGGCCCUAGCGCUCCGGCGGGUGGAGACGGACCUCUGGACCGCCGGUGACCUGCCGGGCUCGCGCCCUUGGGGAACGAUAAUGAACCCUCUAGGUCUCCGUUCGGACUCGAAUCUCGGCUACCUUCCAGAUCCCGGUUUGGACUGCCCUCCUGAUUCCAACUUGGGGGGCUGCCCUCCUGACGGACCAAAUUCUGGUUAUAGACCAAAUUCCAGUUAUCGACCAAAUUCUGGUUAUCGACCAAAUUCUGGUUAUCGACCGCCUUCUGGCUCCAAUGACGGCUUUGGGAAUGCCCGGCCGAGCUCGGUCGUUGGGCAGAGGAUGACCCGGCGCUACGGUACACCCCGGGCACCGGAACUGUCGCCACCGGACCCGUCGCAGCCGGCGCUCAAUGGCUGGCCCGGGACGUUCUGCGACUUCCUUCGCGUCCGGACGGCGGAGUCGCGUGUGAGGCCUGGUUCUGAGAACACAGUCCGCACCACUGCCGGUGCUUACUUCGCGACCUCUCCGCGGUCGCCCGGUCCCCGGCUGCGCCCGGUGUUCUCUCGACCCAACUCCCACAAAGGCGCCAGACCGGACUCGGGCAGAGGCGUAAGACCCGACUCCAACAAGGGUGCAAGACCCGACGGCGCCAAACCGGACUCCAGACCCAACUCAAGCAAAGGCGACCGAGUCCCUUCGCAGCUGCUUUCGCGGAGUGAGGCGCUACGACAAAGCGUGGAGCUCGCUAAGGUGAUCGACCAGCGGCUGCAGAGACGACGCGAGCCGUUGCGACUAUGUCCACCGGAACCGCAACCGCCAAAUCUCGGUUUAGACUUAGGUCCGAAUCCAGGUUCAGACUUUGGCCCAGGACUUGACGAGCGGUUUCUCCGACAUGACAACCGACGCAGUGCACGGCCGCGGUCCAAUGCCCAGUGCUGCCAACCCGCUCCGCUCGAUCUGUCCCUGAGAUUCCCGACCGCGCCUGCCACCCCGACCAUCCUUCCGACCCUCACGACCACCGCCGAGGACUCCGUGGCUAACGAGUCCGUGGCUCUGGAAGUCAGGAACCUCAAGUUCAAGACGCCCCCGUCCCAACCCGGAAUCAUGAACAUCAAGACACCCCGCCUGGUACCCCGGUAG